UGCUCUUACUUCCUGCCUAGAUAUUUGAGACAAGUCGACAGCGAUUCAUAUCGCGUCUUGUUUGUGCUGCGUACCGCAACAGCUCUGCGGGUUCGAAUGCCGACCAUGAGCACUCUUUUAUGGACCAAGUGUUGGCUGCUGCUGGUGGCCUUCUCCUGGGGCCACCUGCCCCCCUCCCGGGGCCACUUGCCCCCCCACGACCAGGUGGCUCGGGUCGCCCGCUUCAUCGCCCACCGGUGCGACUGGACUUCCAUGGCCACCAUUAGCAGCCACAAGCCGGUGGUGGGGCAGCCCUUCUCCAACGUGUUCUCGGUGAGCGACGGGCCGUGGGGCUCCGGCUCCGGCUCCGGCGUACCGUACAUGUACUUGACUCGCAUGGAGAUCUCCGUCCAGGACCUGGAGGUGAGUCCUCAGGCAUCUCUGUCCAUGUCUCUGGCUCAGACCGGUUACUGUCGCCAGCAUGGCCUCGACCCCCAGAGUCCUCUCUGUGCUCACAUCAUCCUGUCGGGAUCUGUGCUGGAGGUCAACGGCACGGAGGCAGAGUUUGCGAAGAAGGCGCUCUUCAGUCGUCACCCCGAGAUGAUGGAUUGGCCCUCGGACCACAACUGGUUCUUUGCCAAGUUCAACAUCACACAAGUGUGGGUGUUGGAUUAUUUUGGCGGGGUGAAGACGGUCAGUCCAGAUGAGUACUUCCAAGCUUCCCCAAACAGGAAGCACCACUGAUUGUCACUCUAUGCUCGGUGUGGCGUUUUUGUGCUGUGGGUCAUGUGGUGAUUUCUAUGGAAAUGUAUCACUAAUUAUUUUUAAUUGAUUGGCUUCUGUUUGUGUGAGCGAAUAUAAAAAGCAGUUUCCGUUUUAGGGUGGAAAUUGUCUCAUUUGAAAUGAAAUUUGGUCUAAUAGUUAAAUUUACCGGCUUUCAUUUUGCUUAGUUUUUUUCUUCAUAUAGUGUUAAUGAUAUAUAUUUUUAAAUAGUAAUAUAAUAUAAUAAUAUAAUAUAUUGUUUGUAAAUAAACUUUCCAUCCCAGAAUGCCUCUGUCUCUUCUGUAGUAUUAGUGAUGGCUAAUAUUGUGAUGCCACACACAAAUACCAGUUAUGGGUAAUCAUGUUGUAUGUCCAUUGGGAAGUCGUCACGCUAACAUAUACACGUAACAAACAUGUAAACUCGACACUUGUUUUUGCUCACAUCCUUUGUGAACUGAAGUCAAAGAUGUAAAACUUUAUAUACACGAUUGACAAAUCUAAAACACUUCUCAGGGACGCUACCAAAAGUUGCUAUAAUCAGUUCUGAACCAGUUCAGAAUUGAAAUGGUGAACUAUUAUGGUGAUAUUUGUACUGGGUGACCUGAUCUUUCAACUACUUCAUGACAACUAUGAACUUACACAAUACUGCAUUUCACAAUGCAUCUAUACCGUAACUGCAAGGCCAAGGUGAAGGUGUAUUUAUUUCCUGUUUCUGUGCAUUAUAACAAUAAAACACCAAGUGUUCCAUUGA